GUGUGUGAGAGGAGAGAGUGCGUGUGUAUGACUUCUUCUGGGCAGCGAGAUCGGCUCUGGUGAUGGAUAAAACCGCCGUGGUUAAAGUCGGGGCGGUGGCCAGCGCCAGUGUGUGCGCCCUGUUCGGCGGGGUGGUGCUGGCCCAGUAUAUCUUCACUAAGAAGAAGAGAGCGGGCAAGAAGACCAAGAUCAUCGAAAUGAUGCCAGAGUUCGAGAAAAGCACGGUCCAUAUCAGAGACCCCGAGCGGGUGGAGCAGAUCAUCUGCGGCAUGAUCCAGGGCGGGGCCAACAAACUACAGAUCAUCACAGACUUUGAUAUGACGUUAAGCAAAUUUGCAAUCAACGGAAAACGCUGUCCAACAUGCCACAAUAUUAUUGACAACUGUAAGCUGGUCACAGAAGAUUGUAGAAAAAAGCUGUUUCAACUGAAGGAUACCUACUAUCCUAUCGAGAUAGACCCACAUCUGAGCAUGGAGGAGAAGUACCCAUUCAUGGUGGAGUGGUAUUUCAAGUCUCACACUCUACUGGUGGAACAGCGGUUACAGAGAGAUAAACUGCCUGAGAUUGUGAGAGAAUCGGAUGUUUCUUUGCGGGAGGGUUACGAGCAGUUCUUUGAUAGGCUGCAGCAGCACAAUGUUCCUGUGUUCAUCUUCUCUGCGGGACUGGGGGACAUCCUGGAGGAGAUCAUCAGGCAGGCUGGAGUUUACCACCCCAAUGUCAAAGUUGUCUCCAAUUUCAUGGACUUUGAUGAGAAUGGGAUUCUGAAAGGUUUCAAAGGAGAGCUGAUCCAUGUUUACAACAAACAUGAUGGUGCACUGAGGAACACCGAGUACUUCAAACAGCUGAAGGAUAACGGCAACAUCAUCCUUCUUGGAGACUCCAUGGGAGACCUCACUAUGGCUGACGGCGUUCCUAACGUGGAGAACAUCCUUAAAAUCGGCUUUCUCAAUGAUAAGGUGGAGGAACGCUUGGAGAAAUACAUGGACUCUUACGAUAUUGUUCUGGUGAAGGAUGAAACCCUUGAAGUGCCCAAUUCCAUUUUACAGAAGAUUUUAUGACUGCAUAACACCGGGUUUUAAUGCCGCCCCCGGUGGAAAGACUCUAAGCCACCCAUUACUGGAUCACCAGUCACUGGGCUAUCACCAGCUCUGUGGGCUGUUUGCCACCUCUCACACCCACACACCCACAAGCCAUACACACCACUCACCAUUAUCUUUUAAUGUCACGUUUUUUCUCCCUUCUAAAUGAACUCUUUAAAACAUCCAACAUCUAUCUCCUUGCUUUGUCUGUCUGCUUCGGGUGUUAUCCAGUCUCUGCUACCCUGAAAUGAGAACCAAAACAAUAGAAUAAAUAGAAUAAAUAUAUAUAUAUCUUAGUGAAUUUCUUCAAUUUGCACACUCUUAUAAAUGUUAAUGUUUAUUAUUUUUGAUAUUGUGUAAGGUUUAUAUCUAGUGUACAAUAUUUGCAAUAAUAUUCUGGUAGUCCUGCUAGUGAAAUGAAAAGCAUGGUGAAGUUCUCAGUGCAGGCCUGGCUAGCAUUUCAACACUGCUAGAGUUUACUUCCAAAUGUCUCCUAAAGGAGACUUUCUGUGAUUGAUCUGAACAUGGAUCAUCGAUUCCAGGGCCUAUAAUGUUUUAACAACCACAAUGUCUAGGUUUACAUCCGUCAGUAUGGUUGGUACAUGAGAAGCAUUUAUGUAAACACAUUAAUAUCGCAUAGCAAUACUAUAUUUUCAACGAAAGCAAACAACAGACUAAAACAAAAUGAAUGUAUUGUGGAUUUGUAUGUUUAAUGCAAAGAAAAGCUUCAUUUCGAGGUGCAGUUACAAGCAGGGGCCUGGUUCUGGUUGUUUUUGGAUUUAUACUACCUCUAAAAGAAACAGCUCAUCUAAAAAUGCUAUUGUUUGCCUCAAAUAAGCUUUUAUUUAAUAAUGAAACAGUAGUAUUUUUUGAUGAGCUGUUUAUUUCAAACUAUCACUUGUGAGGUGGAUUUGCCUGUAUCGUUUGGACUUGCACUAACCUGUGUUGAUGAUAAAGUCAUUGUUUUAAGUUUUAAGACCUGUUGUAUAUGUGCUGCUAACUUGCAUGUUGCCUUUUUUGGUCCAUAAAAUAAAAUGAAGGGGUGAAAUAGUAUGUCAAUAAAUGUAGGCAAUAACAAAACACA